UGUUCUGUGCCAAGGUCUUUGUGGCUAGGCUGCGCCAACCUGGUAGAGAGCAUGUGCGCACUGAGUUGCCUGCAGAGCAUGCCCAGUGUCAGAUGUCUCCAGAACACUUCAGUUAUGGAGGAUCAAAAUGAAGAUGAGUCCCCAAAGAAAAAUACUCUUUGGCAGAUAAGUAAUGGAACAUCAUCUGUGAUCGUCUCCAGAAAGAGGCCAUCAGAAGGAAACUAUCAAAAAGAAAAAGACUUGUGUAUUAAAUAUUUUGACCAGUGGUCUGAAUCAGAUCAAGUGGAAUUUGUGGAACACCUUAUUUCACGAAUGUGUCAUUAUCAGCAUGGACAUAUUAACUCUUACCUGAAGCCCAUGUUGCAGCGGGACUUUAUUACCGCUUUACCAGAGCAAGGCUUAGAUCACAUAGCAGAAAACAUUCUUUCUUACCUGGAUGCCAGGUCUCUGUGUGCAGCAGAGCUGGUAUGUAAAGAAUGGCAGCGAGUGAUCUCGGAAGGAAUGCUUUGGAAGAAGCUGAUUGAAAGGAUGGUGCGCACUGACCCUCUGUGGAAGGGACUUUCAGAAAGAAGAGGGUGGGAUCAGUACCUGUUUAAGAACAGACCUACAGAUGGCCCUCCCAAUUCAUUUUAUAGGUCAUUAUACCCAAAGAUUAUCCAGGACAUAGAGACUAUAGAAUCUAACUGGCGGUGUGGACGACACAACUUGCAGAGGAUUCAGUGCCGCUCUGAAAAUAGUAAAGGUGUCUACUGUUUACAGUAUGAUGAUGAAAAAAUUAUCAGUGGCCUACGAGAUAAUUCUAUUAAGAUUUGGGAUAAAACCAGCUUGGAAUGUUUGAAAGUGUUAACGGGACACACUGGCUCUGUCCUUUGUCUCCAGUAUGAUGAACGUGUCAUUGUGACUGGUUCUUCAGACUCUACAGUGAGAGUCUGGGAUGUGAACACGGGUGAAGUUCUGAACACAUUGAUCCACCACAAUGAGGCUGUACUGCACUUACGCUUCAGCAAUGGACUUAUGGUGACCUGUUCCAAGGAUCGCUCCAUCGCUGUGUGGGACAUGGCUUCUGCUACCGAUAUCACUCUACGCCGUGUCCUGGUUGGCCACCGUGCUGCUGUCAAUGUGGUAGACUUUGAUGAUAAAUACAUCGUGUCUGCCUCUGGUGACAGAACCAUCAAAGUCUGGAGCACGAGCACCUGUGAGUUUGUUCGUACUCUGAAUGGGCACAAGCGAGGCAUUGCCUGUCUCCAGUACAGGGAUCGGCUGGUUGUUAGUGGAUCAUCAGAUAAUACCAUAAGGCUAUGGGAUAUCGAAUGUGGUGCCUGUUUAAGAGUCCUAGAGGGACAUGAAGAAUUGGUCCGAUGCAUCCGGUUUGAUAACAAGAGGAUUGUCAGUGGGGCCUAUGAUGGGAAAAUUAAAGUUUGGGACUUGCAAGCUGCUCUUGACCCUCGAGCCCCAGCAAGCACGUUGUGUUUGCGCACGUUGGUGGAACAUUCUGGACGUGUGUUUCGGCUACAGUUUGAUGAAUUUCAGAUCAUCAGCAGCUCCCAUGAUGACACUAUUUUGAUUUGGGAUUUCUUAAAUGUGCCUCCCAGUGCCCAGAAUGAGACCCGUUCUCCUUCCAGAACAUACACUUACAUCUCCAGAUAACAGUCUGCACUUUACCCGUUUCAGGGUGUCCAGUCUAGAGGAUGAGAAGCCUUACUUGGCUGUGUCCUGGAACCUGAUGACCCUGUUCAUCUGGAGCAGUAUUUCCAGCUCUGAAUAUUUUGCAAGGGGGCCAGUAAAUCCUGUGCACGUUAAACUUUACAGAUUGAAUAAAUUGGUUUGUACCUACUUGUAUUACUAUGUAUAUAUGUAUGUAAAGACUGAUUAAUAAAUAAAAUUCAUACUUAUUUUAAAAUAUUACUUACUACUUAGUGGCUCUUUAUCGUUGUAUGUUUUCUGCUCAUUAAAUGUUAAAAGUGUAAAGAGAGUUUAGAUGCAGAAUUGUGGGGAGAAAAAAAAAAAGGGGCCCUUAGAUCACCAAGUUACCAUCAUUUCUAAUACUUCUUACUUAAGACUCUAAGGCCCAAAACACAGAUGUCCAGGAAGUUUGUCUUACCCAAGGGUCAGCAGACUAUAGGCAGAGUCCAAAUUUGUUCCACUGCCUGAUUUUAUUCCCCUGCUAUAGCAAGCUAAGAAUAGUUUUUUACACUUUUAAAUAAUUGAAAAAAAUUAGAAGAAGAGUACUAUUUCAUGACACACGAAAAUUAUGUGAAAUUCAAGUUCUAGUGUCCAUGAAUGAAAUUUUAUUAUAAUAGCCAUGCUCAGUUGUUUACGUAUUGUCUGUGGCUGUUUUCAUACUUCAUUGGAAGAGUUGACUAGAUGCCACAGAGACCAUAUGGCUUGUGACAUCUAAAAUAUUUAUUAGACAGCUCUUUAAGAAAGUUUGCCGUCCUCCAGUCUUGCCCCUGUGCCAUCGAUUAGUGAUAAACCCAGGGUCUGCAGGAAUGGCAAAUAAGCUUUUUCUUCAUCCUGGCUGAGUUUGAUCAGUAGUGCCUGACUGGAGUGCUGCCUUUGGAAGGAUUCUGGGACCUUGUGACCCCAAGGGAUAAUGCUGUGAUGGGUUGGCAGUGUCUGCCUGGAUGUGGGAGGUGAGCAGUAAUGACCUGUAAGCCACAUACAUAGUUACUGUUUCUGGUCCCAAGUGCGUUCAUAUUAUUUCUCAUGAUAGUGACCAUCUAUCUGCCUUGCCACCUUCUCUCUGGAUGGAUUCUUCCAAAGUUGAAAAAACUGUAUGGCAGAAUUAUUACAUUUUUUUGAAUGGAGCCUUAAAAUAGAUACAAUGGGGGAUUACAGAGGAAGAAGGCAAGGAUCUCUUGAGUGAUUGCUCCUCCGCGCUUCAACCGCCCUUCCCCAAAAUCCUAAGGAAGAUACUGGGAAGUAGAAAUGGACCUAAAUGAAAACUGGUUUCCCUCCUGGUCUUUCCUCUCCCUCUUCAGCCCGAUCUCCAUUCUGCUGUCAUUUAGGAUCAUCUUAAGCCCUGCCUCUGCCGUCCUCUGCCUUACUGGUUUCCUGCCGUUCACGGGAUCAUGGUUCAACUACUUCACAUUAGCUGACAGGAGUUUGAGCGUCUGGCUGUUACCUUGUGUCCUCACUAUCCUCCCCAUGCUCUCGUCUCCUGUUACUCCCUUCCAAAACCCUAGCUGCAGCCAGACUGAACUCUGUUUAAUGUCUCUAAUUACACUACAGUAGUGCAGACCUCCACCAUCUCCCUCCCCUUGCUUGUGUUAUUAUGGCUUCUAGACAGCCCCACUCCCCCUCUGCCCUUUCAUUUCAUGCUUAAUUUAUUAUUUGAUAUUGAAAUGGUUUGCACGCCUGUCCCACUCACAAGGCCGUGGGCCUCCUCGUGUUGCGGAGCUCCAGGGUUCAUUGGAGUCCCCAGUAUAUUGCAAGCGCUCAUUGAUGUUUGUUGGGCAAGUGACACCCAUGGCCAAAAUGACAUAUUUGUGUUUUUUCUCCGAGGCCACACAAGAAUUUACCCUUAAGUAGAUAAAUAGUUUUAGGGUAUUCCUGCAGUCACCUUCAGCAAGCAUAAAGAUAAUAAGUCAGUGAAAAAUUGGAGUAAAUCAUCUAAACUGACACGGUCAGGUACUAGAUACGUUCCCUAGGUAGACAGGUCACCUAGAUGUACGUGUCUCCCUCUGCCCCUGCCCCUGUUGUUUUUUAAACCAGUUUUACGGAGAUAGGAUUUGUGCAAAACUUGCACUCGUUUAAAGUGUACCGUUUGAUGAGUUUUUACAAAUGUAUACCUGAAAAUAUCUCCACAAUCAAGAUAAGAAUAUUUCUGUCACCCUCAAAAGUUCCCUUGUGCCACCUUUGUAGUCAAAGCCUGACCCCAUCCCAGCCUUAGCAAAGACUGGCCUGCAUCAGUUUACAUUUUCUAAAGUGCACUGUCCACUGUGGUAGGCAAUAGCCACUUGUGGCUAUUGAGCUCUUGAAAUGUGGCCAGUGUGACUCAGGAACUAAGUGUUAAAUUAAGUUUUAAUUGAAUUUAAUUGAAUGUUUAAUUGUAUUUAAUCAUACUUUAUUUAACAUUACAUUCAAAUAGUUACACAUAGGUAGUGAUGCCUGUUUGGACCGGCAUAGUUUCAAAAGUUUUGUAUUUUUAGCUUUUACAUUUCCGUCUUUGAUCAUUUAAUUUGUGUGUGUGGUGUGAGAUAAGAAAGUCACUGGUCUUUUUAUAUAGCUGUCUAGUUGUUCCAGCACUAUCUGAUGAAAAGAAUUUCCGUUUCUCAUAGAUUUGCUUUAGCGUCUUUGUCCAAAAGUCAAUUGACCAUUUAUUUGUAGGUCUAUUUCUGGACUCUGUUCUAAGUCCAUGAUUUAUGUGGCUGUCCUUUCGCCAAUACCAUAGUGUGUAAUAAAUGUUCCAACUUAAAAAAAAAUUGCUUUGACUAUUCUAGAUUCUUUAGGUUUUCAUAUUCAGUUUUGAAUUGUCAAAGUCUAUGAAAAGGACAACCGGGAUUAUAGUUAGCACUGCAUUGAAUUGUAAGAUCAUUCUGGGGGAGAAUUUCCACCUUAACAAAUGUUGAGUCUUACAACCCAUAAACAUGGUAGAACUCUCUAUUAUUUAGGUCGUCAGCCUCCUAGCAGUAUUGCACUUUUGCUUUGCUUUGCUUCCCUUUGCUUUGCAAAAGCAGCUUUGCACAUCUUCUGUUCAAUUUAUUUCAUUCUUUUUCUUUUCUAAGCUAUACAUUUUCCUCUGCACAUUGCUUUAGCUGCAUCCCACCCAUGCUUUUGUUUUUCCACAUAAGAGCAGCACAUAAAAUAGGACAUGGGCAACUGUAGCUGGAAUGGAUAGUCUCAGGGGAAUAGGUGUAUCAGAGAACAACUUAAGUGGUUAAUGCUUUUUUUUUCUUUUGUAUUUUUGAUAUGUGUGUUUGUCUUCACAUUCUGUUUAGAGAGGUACGUGGUGAAAUCCAAGACAUCCAUAGUAUGUUUUCCCUCUCUGGCAUAUUUAGUAGAUGAAUGUUAGAACACAGUAAAAUUUCACAAAUUGGACAACUUUUACAUAUUACUUUAAAGUGCCCCGGAACAAGAUUUCUUUGGUUGAGAAAUGGAAUAAUGGUCACCCAUGGUGUUUCUCUCAUUGGCUGUGGUAGAAAGGAAACUGUGGUGUUACUUCUUCCAGGCCCUCCUCCCGCCCCUUUUUGGGAAUGUAAGAACAACUGCCCUUGUUAUGAUCCACAAUUAUAAAUCAAUGGAAAAAUCUUAUCUGCUUUUUAAGCAGCACAAGCAGUGAAACCUCAAAUGUGUUUGUCUCUUCAAAGUGAAUUACUUUUGACAACCUUGGCAGUCAGCUCUAUAGAUUUUACUGCUCUUUUCCAAAUUCUUUUCAUUUAUUGUAACAU